ACAUGGGGACGUCACAGUAGGCCCUGCGUGGGACGUCACGGGAAAACCCCGCGAGCGUGCUUUGGGAAAACAGGCACGUGCAGGAGCGCCGGGCGCAUCUCGGCGGCUUGGGGCGGUGCUGAGAGGCAGCGGUGGGCUUGUGUGGGUAGGCACCGGCGUCCUACGACAAAAAGCGAAGCGGCAAUAAGGAUCAAGAAGCCUGGGUUGAGCCAUCCGGCCUCUGUUUAUAGAGAAAAGUCUACCUGAUUGACGAAAACCCGACAAAGAACUGCAAAUAAAAAGUUUUUUUUUGUUGUUGAAAAUAUUAAGGGACGAAAAGCCCCUCAAAAAUUUUGAGGUUGGUUGUGAGUGAAACAAGCCCUCCUGGGGCUCCUAAAAAGGUUGGAAGCGAAGAAGUGCGGGGUAUGCACUACCUAGCCAGCAGCAUCCAUAGCAUCAGCAGCUAAAGAUGCCUCAGCCCGUGAAAAAAUGCAUUUGCGACCUGUGCUCUUGCGGGCGCCAUCGUUGCCCACAUAUUCCUACCAAGAUUUAUGAACAAUCAGAAAGCAAAUGCCAUCUUUCAGAGUACACAGAGAAUUAUGGUAUUCAUCAGUGUUAUCAUCCAAGAGAAUCCUUCAAGCCCAAGUUAGAAUAUCAAAAAGGGUCUGUACCAAUGGAAGGCGUCUCUACGUCAAAGAGAGAUUAUGGCCUUCACAGAGUAUUACCAGUGAAGUUAAAGCCACCUGAGCAAUGCACCCCAAAUGAAGAGAAUAUGGAUUUAGUCACAACAUAUAAACAGGAUUACAAUCCCUUCCCUGUCUGUCGAGUAGAUCCUGUCAGACCACGUGAAAACAGAUAUCCAUGUAAAGAGAGGAUGGAAUCUCUGGCCACAUAUAAAGCUGAUUACGUGCCCUGGAACCAACCAAAACGAGAGCUGAUAAAACCAGAUCAAUCCUAUCGCCCAGCAACAGCAAAAUUUGAUUAUAGAACCACUCACCAGGAUGAUUUCCCCUUCAGGGGCCUAGUGACCACAGUGAGUUGCAAGCCCCAUUAUCAGCAAAAGACAUGCUCCCUACCCUUGGAAGACUUGACCAACUACAGGCUGAAUUACGUGGUGCAUCCAGUAGAGAAACGAAUUCCAAUGGAGGUCAGCAAAUUCAAGCCCUGUGACAUCCCCUUUGAUGGCCUCACUACUCACAAGGAGGCCUUUAGGGGAUUGCUUGGGGAGCCUGCCAAGUCCCUGAAACCUGACCCCAAGAUUGCCAGUUGUGACAGCCCCUUCUCCAACACAACUGAGUUUCGGGAAAAGUACCAAGUAUGGCCAAUACCCCACCUGUACUCUCGGCCCCCUGUGGUUUACAUGCCCCCAGAUGAGAAGAUGGACCUCUUGACAACAGCCCAGGCUCACUACAUUUAUCAUAAAGGGGCCCCUGCCCAAUGCUGCCGUCCUGUGAAACAACCUAAGAAAUCAGGGUGCUUUGAAGCCUCCACCACCAACAGGGAUGACUUCAAGCAGUGGCCCACUGCCAAGCAAGAUCCCAUCAAGCCCAUCGCUCAACUCAACUUGCCCAAGGAUCCCAUGGACUACCUCACCACUACCAAGACCUACUUUGUGCCUCAUCCACCCAUUAUCACAAAGAGCUGUAAACCUUUCAUUCCCCCUGCCCGGUGUCAGGUCCCUCUGAUAGGCGAAACCACUUACAACAUCAGCUAUACUCCUAAAGAACCUGUCAAGUGCCUUGCUUCAUAUCCUGAGCCACCAGGCUACACUUUCGAUGCAGUGGAUGCAUUUGGCCACAGGGUGUAUCGCCCUGUGCCCCACUUGGACCAACUUGGCUCAAGGAAGAACAGUUGCCUUUCUACAGAUAGACCAGAUGGUCCCAACCAAAGGGAGCUGGCAGUGACAGCUUGAUUCUUUUUCCUUUUUGAAAAAUUUUUCUCACAAAAUUUCUAAAAUUCACAGUACUUAUCAUUCAGUCUGUUGAGAUUUAUUCCUAGAAAAACUUUGACCUUCUCAAUAAUUCCCAGGGGUUUGUUCCUGCUGGAAAAUCUGAAUAAAUGACAAUCAGUUUACUUUGGGAAAAGAUAGUUAAUCGCUGAUGAUUGACUAAUUUCCUCUCUUGACCCUUUCCCCAAGCAACCCCACACUUCCCAAAUCUCAUGCUUUCUUAUCUUUCUUAAAGAUGGAUGGGAGUGAGUUCUCUCAGAAGCUAAUUUCUUACAUUUGGAUGUAUUAUGGUGAUUCAGUCAUUGUAUUAAUAAUGAAAAUACACUUGAAUCCUGACAAGGUUAAUGAAUAAAACAUAUUUUGGGGAAUUGGCUUUUUUAAAUGAUGUGUCUCUUCACACAUACAUUGUACAGGUAGUAGAAUAUGGGGAGAAAAUUGGUACUCUUUGAAACUAAGAAACUUGUCGGGUUUGGCUUGAGUUUAAAUGAGUUCCUAUAAUCAAACGUAUUGGUGGAAACAGGCCUGAAAACUAAUUAUCCCAAAUCCUAGGUCAUUGCUUUUUCCAUUAGACCAGAGUUUUACUACCUUUUUCCUUGCGUGGGUCACAGGACCAUAGAUUUAGAGCUGGGAGGGGGAUCAUUUGGUAACCUUGCACUAGGCUCUGUCUACCUGUAGGAAAGCUGCUGGCUUACUCUGAUAUAACCACUUUGGAAAGUUAAUGAGAGCUGUGUGAUGUUCAACAUGCAGUGGUCUGUC